CUCUACAGUGAGCGUACGACUCCUUAAAAACAUUUCCUCCUCGCUCUCACUCGUCUGUAGGCAUCAUGAGUGUUGGUAGGAGACCGUCUCACACGCUCUCUCUUGGUUUUAGUCUUUCAGUCGGUCCUGUGAAACAUGUUCGCUCGUAGAUUUCAGUCAGAUUUUUUAGAAUCAAGAUGUUCUUCGUGUCAUCCACAUCUUUUCAUCCUUGGUCUGAUUCUUGCUUAUUUUCUCUCCUCUCAUGUUCAAGCAUUUAACGGUCAAAGGAUGUGCAGGUCAAAGAAUGAAACUUCCAAAUAUCAACACUGUCGACUUCACCCAGGUAUCGGAUCCAUCGCAGAUGGAGUCCAUGAUUUAGAUUGUUUUGGUAGAAUUAAGAAUCGAGGUAUGAUAGAGUGUGUGUGGAAACCUGGAAACCACACAUCAGAGAAGAUAUACACACUGUUACUGAUACAGAAGAAAAAAAAGGAAUUUUGCAACAUCACCGAAUCCUCUAUAAUCAUCAAGGUAUUUGAAGGACUGAACAUGACUGUCACCGUUUUUGAAAAUGGCGAGUCAGAGAAAUGUACAAAGGCAGUUUUCAGCGGUUCAUGGAGUAGCCUGUUGAGAUGUGAUCCUCCAUACGAAGUGUCCUUCCGCCGCCGGCUGGGAAAUCUACAUGUGAAUGUGAGCUGGCAACAGACUGUCGUAAAGCAUUUCUCUGUGAGGUAUAAGGUGCUGGGAAGCCUGUUAUGGACCGAGCCACCGGUUCAAUCCCAUAACAAAAAGGGAUGCACCGUGGAGAAUCUAAACUCUUCUGUGUUCUACACUGUACAAAUACAAUGUGUCACUACUGAGAGAUGCUCCCAGUGCCCAUGGAGUGAGACCUACACGGUCCCAUCAGAGCUGACAGCACAGCCUGCCAUCGUCCACCUUGAAGACAGUGACAUCACAGAGAGAACAGGCAGCAGGCUGCUCUCUCUGCACUGGAAGUUUCCUGCCACAGAGUCGUACGACGGCUACUAUGUGACCAUUGCUAAAGCGUCAGGAGAGGAUCCGUGCGAGCGGAUGAACACGACUCGGCCUGAGAUCAGACUGAUUCUCUCCUUCUCCUCUUAUCGUCUCAACAUCAGUGCGUGGAACAACGCCAGCAUCUCCCCAGCAGUGAGCCACACGAUACCUCAGCGAGAGGACGGUCUUGAAGAGGGGAAGCUGAACGUGACCGUCCACAGCGACACGUCUCUUACUGUUUACUGGAAAGACGAUCUCAUCAAAACCUACGUGUGCUUCUCUGCUGAGUGGAUGAGAAAGAGACAUCACAGAGCGUCCAUGUCCUUUUAUCAGAAAGCUUACAACUGGAGGACUUUAUCUUCUCUACAAGAGCCCCUGGAGCCUUACAAGAGAUACAGCCUCAUGCUGCACACACGACCAAACAAGGACACCUGCAACAUCAAGUACAUCAACAGGAGUGAGAGCACCUACGGGACGACACAGUUCUACUCCAUCCAAGGAUCUCCUGUCAGCGCUCCCAACAUCAGCAUCUGCAACAUGACGAGGAAUUCAGUGGUGCUGCAGUGGUCGUCCAUCCCGGAGGACGACAUCAGAGGCUUCCUGCUGGGUUACAUGAUCCACUACACGGAGUACCACCACCGGGAGACGUAUAGGGAGAGAAAUAUCACAGUGGAUCCACAGUCUGACACCUGUGAACUGGGGGAUCUGGAAGGAGGCACAGCGUACCAGGUCCAGAUAUCAGGUUUCACCCAGGCAGGAGCCGGAGUACGAAGCACAGCCUGCAUCUUUAAAACCAAGAUGCACCAAGGAUAUUCUCAUUAUCUUAAUGGUUACAUCAUUCCCAUUGCUGUUGUGGCCGCUGUGCUGUUUUUUACAUCAAUAAUGAUAAAAAGAGCUAAAGUCAUCCUGUGGCCAAGCAUACCGAACCCUUUGAACAGCAAUGCAAUGCAGAAAAUAGCAAAACUGGAACUCCUGGAUUCCCUCAAACACCUGAACAUAGAAGAGUCCACGGACAGUCUUCAGAUAGUAGAGAAGGAAGCUUUGGUCCCUCCUAACACAUUAGCAUCAGUGUUAGUGCUCCUCCACGAGGAGGAGGAGGAGGAGGAGGGACACUCACCAGAAAUGACCUGGGUCCAAAGUGACAUCGAAGAGCAUCCAGCUGGAGAUAUCGAACCCGACCACACCACAGACAACUUCCGCAGUCCCCCUUGUGCCUUUUCAAGUGACUACACAACAAUGGAGAUGUUCCAGCAGCAGAUGCCUCAGGGCAGCCCGGCAAACCCAGAGACUGAUCCACAGGACACGUAUGGAGGUCAACAUUGGACCACGUUGGACAAUUAAGUUCCAGUUCAACGGGGGACGGCGAGGAGAUGUCCAAGAUUUUCUAUUGUCAAUGAAUGUCAGGGUCAAGUGACAUUCCAGAGUUGGACAAUGACGGGGGGGAACUACUGUUUGCUGGUAGGUCUACAGCUUGGAUUCAAUGAGUUGUAGAUAAUCUAUAACAAAACUACAAGUGCAUUAAGUGCCAAGUGCCAACUGCUAAAGGGACAGUUACAAGACUAACUAGAGUAAAUAAGGAUUCAACAAACAAGCUUAUCAUGAAGAACAUCUGAAUGAAAAGUCUCUUUAUUGAGUGUUGUGUUGGAAACAGAAUGAAUAUAUUGGUAGAUUCAAACUGAGGACGAUCAGAUACAUUCAAGCUCUUAAAAAAAAAAACAGUGUCACCAAAUCUGUACAUCGAGCGCCCCAGUCCAGUCCGGCAGGAGAAAGUCAUGUUUCUACAGUAUAUGCUCUAUGUGGUGGAUACACAGGUAUAAAAAAAUAAACCUCUUCACAUACUGUCA